AUGUGGCGUCCCGCAACCCGAGUGACCGGAACGAACGACGUGAGUGUUUGGGCGCGAAACCGUGCUGACAACCAGGUUCCUCUGGCCAACAAGCGCCGCUUUGGGCUUCCUGAGGAGGCUCCCGCAUCUUCGGCCCCGUCCGGCGGAAGCGGCUACGGCAAGCCUCCCGGUGACAUCCAGUUCUUCAACGGAAGGAUCGACCGCGACCGCGACCACCGGGACGACCGCCGCCGGGACGACAGGCGAGACGACCGACGCGGUGGCGAUGACCGUCGCGACGACCGGUACGGCCACAGCCGCCACGAUGACCGACGCGACCACCGCGGCGGGCGAGACGACCGGGACAGCAGGAGGAGCCGAUGGGACGAAGAUAGGACCCGUGGACGCGAGCCUGGACCGGAUGACAACCAGCCCCGCAAGCGCCGGUCUCGUUGGGGUGACGCCAACGAGCGUGUUGACGUCUCCGGUCUUCCGACCAACAUCAUGGGCCGAGUAAACCAGAGCGAACUCGACAACUAUGCGAUCCACGUCCGUCUCGAGGAGAUUGCGCGCAAGCUGCGAACGGGCGAUGUUGUUCCUCCCGACGGACAGCGGAGCCCGUCGCCUCCGCCCAAGUUUGACGCGUACGGUCGACGAUCCAACACGCGCGAGGUGCGAUACAGGGAGAAGCUUGAGGACGAGCGCAAGCGCCUGAUUGAUCGUGCGAUGAAGAACGACCCCUCCUUCCGACCUCCCGCCGAGUUCAUGCAGCGCCGCAACGGCCGGCCCAUGGAGAAGGUGUACAUUCCCGUGCACGAGUUCCCCGAGAUCAACUUCUUCGGUCUGCUCGUCGGUCCCCGUGGCAACUCGCUGAAGCGUAUGGAGCGUGAGAGUGGAGCCAAGAUUAGUAUCCGCGGCAAGGGAAGUGUCAAGCACGGCAAGGGACGCCCCGAUGCGUUCUCGCACGACGAGGACGACGAGCUGCACUGUGUCGUGACGGCCGACGACGAGGAGAAGGUGCGCCACUGCAUCAAGCUCAUCAACCAGGUCAUUGAGACUGCGGCCUCGACGCCAGAGGGCCAGAACAACCACAAGCGCGACCAGCUGCGUGAGCUCGCGUCGCUGAACGGAACGCUGCGUGACGACGAAAACCAGCUCUGCCAGAACUGUGGAGAGAAGGGCCACCGCCGAUGGGAGUGCCCGCAGCAGCGGACGUACAGCGCCAACGUCAUCUGUCGCUUGUGCGGCGGCGCGGGACACAUGGCGCGCGACUGCCGCGGACGUGGCGACCCCAGCCUCGCGCAGAACAAGCAGUCGCAGUUCGACAACGAGUACGCCAACCUCAUGGCCGAGCUUGGCGAGUCGUCUGGCGCGGCUGCCCCCGCCCAGGCCGAGGAGCAGAGGAUCCCCCCCUGGCGCAUCCCGGAGAACUGGCAGGGAGGCGGCCGCGACCGCGAGCGCGGAGACAGGCACGACCGCGGCGGCCACGAUGGGUACGGUAACGGAGGCUACGACCAGGGCGGCUACGGCGGCGCCGGCGGGUACGGGUACGACCAGGGCGGCUACGGCCAGGGCGGAUACGACCAGUACCAGCAGGGCGGGUACGGCGACUAUGCCGGCGCGUACCAGCAGGCUGCUUAA